UGCGUUUGCGUCUGACCAAUAACAUCACGCGUGUGUGCAUCGCUCGCCUCUGGGCCACACCUUUGUCCUUCCGCAGCAGCUUUGGCACAGAAACGCUUCGACUGAGCCUGCUACUGCAGAUAGGACGUUGUUUCUGUGCAAAUAAUCAAGAUGGCGAACCAGUAUGUGACCAAGAUUGAACUCUCUGUAUCCUGCAAAAACCUUCUAGACAAAGAUGUUGGAUCAAAAUCGGACCCACUGUGUGUUCUGCAGCAGAGUGUUGGGACUGACCAAUGGACAGAGGUGGACCGCACAGAGAGAGUGAAGAACUGCCAGGACCCAGAGUUUUCUAAAAGACUGUGCAUUGAUUACUCUUUUGAGAAGGUGCAAAAAAUAAAGCUGUUGAUCUACGACAUUGACAACAAAUCUGUUGAUCUAAAAGAUGAUGACUUCUUGGGAGGUUUUGAGUGUACCCUUGGCCAGAUUGUGUCAAGUAAGAAGAUUACCAAUCCCCUAAUGCUUAAACCAGGCAAACCAGCAGGCAAAGGCACAAUAACGGUUGUUGCAGACGAAGUGAAGGAUAACCGAGCCAUUGUGCUGGAAACUGAAGCCAGAAACCUGGACAAGAAGGAUCUGUUUGGGAAAUCUGAUCCUUUCCUGGAGUUCUUUAAGCAAGCUGAUGAUGGCACAUGGCAGCUAGUCCACAGGACUGAGGUCAUUAAGAAUAAUUUGAACCCAUCUUGGAAGAAAUUCUCAGUUUCUUUACAUACAUUCUGCAGCGGAGACCUGAACAAGCCAAUUAAGGUCCACUGCUUUGAUUAUGAUAAUGAUGGCUCACAUGAUCUCAUUGGCGUUUUUCAAACUAAAGUGGCCGAGCUUCUGAAAGUAGACAGUGGUUCUGCGGUGGAGUUUGAAUGUAUUCAUCCGGAGAAGCAGAAGAAGAAAAAGAGCUACAAGAAUUCCGGCGUUGUUCGUUUCAAAUACUGCAAGAUAGAGACACAGUACUCAUUCAUUGACUAUGUGAUGGGGGGUUGCCAGAUUAAUUUCACGGUGGGUAUUGACUUUACCGGCUCUAACGGAGACCCUCGCUCUGUGGAUUCGCUUCACUACCUCAGUUCUAAUGGGGUGAACCAGUAUCUUGAUGCAAUCUGGUCCGUGGGCCUCGUGAUCCAGGAUUAUGAUAUAGAUAAAUUGUUUCCUGCUUUUGGGUUUGGUGCUCAGGUGCCUCCAGAUUUUCAGGUGUCCCAUGAGUUUCCUCUAAAUUUCAAUCCCAAUAACCCUUACUGCACAGGAGUGGAGGGCAUCAUACAGGCAUAUCGCAGUGUUCUGCCCCAGCUGCGUCUGUACGGCCCAACUAACUUUUCCCCCAUUAUCAACCAUGUGGCUCGUAUCGCUGCAACAGCAGCUCAGCAGCCUAAUGCAGGGCAAUAUUUUGUUCUGUUAAUCAUAACUGAUGGAGAGAUUACAGAUCUGGACCAGACAAAGCAAGCCAUCGUGAACAGCUCCAAGCUCCCCAUGUCCAUCAUUAUUGUGGGUGUUGGUGAGGCAGACUUUAAGGCCAUGGAAGUACUAGAUGGAGAUAAUGGUGUCCUUAAAUCUCCCAGUGGAGAACCAGCGGCAAGAGAUAUAGUACAGUUUGUGCCUUUCAGACAGUUUGCCAAGGGCCCGAAAGAAGCUUUGGCCCAAAGUGUUCUUGCUGAAGUGCCUAAUCAGUUGGUGUCUUACUUCAGGAUGAGGAACCUGAGCCCUGUCAAUCCUCCUGCUCCUAGAAAAUAGAAGCAGAUGUAUGUAGGAUCAGGAGGACCACCAGGUUCAGGGGAGAAAUCAUUAUAAAGAAUAUAUGCAAUGGUUUACGUAAUGAAUACAAUGAAUGGCACAGUAGCCUUCAUUAGCCAUAUUUUCUGUUAACCUUUUCUAUUAUUUCACUGUAUUUACACUUUCCCAUUGAACUUUCUUCAAAUGUUACAGCGAUCAUCAGUGGUGGUUUUUGAGUUCUAGAUUAUAGACUUGGAAAUGGA